AUGAAAGACCCAUUCUUCCUCCCGCCCGUACCUUGGCUCGCCGAGAAAGCACAGCCCUGGGCUGACUUGCUCGAUCUCCCCUCGCUACCGCUCCAUAUUCACGAGGUUCUGGCUGCUGCUCUUCUAUACUCGGUCGUCUUCUGGCCAAUUUCGCCAUGGAUAUCGAAUUUGCUGGCCCCGGAGCACUACUCGAAGCUCCCGCGAAAGCGACGACUGAACUGGGAUGCCCACGUUGUUUCCAUGGUACAGAGCUGCCUCAUCAACGGCCUUGCUAUUUGGGUCAUGUUCACCGAUAACGAGAUCAAGAACAUGACUUGGGAGGAGCGAAUUUGGGGUUAUACUGGUGCCGCUGGCUUCAUCCAGGCCCUUGCAGCCGGCUACUUCCUUUGGGACUUGGUCGUAACCAGCCUUAAUCUCGAUGUCUUUGGCCUGGGAACGCUGGCGCAUGCUAUCGCAGCCCUGCUGGUGUACUCUCUGGGCUUUCGCCCAUUCCUCAACUACUAUGCCUGCGUGUUCAUCCUCUGGGAACUGUCAACCCCCUUCCUCAACGUUCACUGGUUCAUGGACAAGGUGGGCAUGACGGGCACACGCGCUCAGCUCUACAACGGCCUCAUGCUCCUCUUCACCUUUUUCACCUGCCGGCUUGUGUACGGAACGUAUAUGUCCUUCAGUGUCUUCAAAGACGUGUGGGCCGGCAUUAACACGCACCCCAACGUCGAGGCGCUCACAACACCACUCAUGGCAUUCGCACACGAGGACUCAACGGUGCCUGUGUGGCUGGGUGCGGCAUACCUCGCCAGUAACAUCACGCUCAACAGUCUCAAUUUCUACUGGUUCUUCAUGAUGAUCCGGGCUGUUCGCAAGCGAUUCGAGCCCUCAUCAGACUCGCAGGACAAAACCCCAGACGCCCCAGUGACCGAGGCUGAGAUCGAUCUUUCUUCUGUGGGAACGGGAGCGGCCAAACUUUCUGGUGGACGACGUCGCAAGGCUUGA